AUGAAGUUUUUGAAAGUCUCAGUUCUGUACCUAUUCAACGUCGUUGUCAGCGCACAAUUUCCAGUUCCGCCAAGCGACUUGGAAGUCAUUGGUUCAAGUCUCAAUGAUGGUGUGAAAAUAUCUUACAAACAGAUUAGCCUUUGCGAGACCACAGAAGGUGUAAAAUCAUUCUCUGGCUACGUACACCUUCCUCGCGAAGCUCUUGCGGACCUGAGCUUCGACUAUGACAUCAAUACAUUUUUUCUUUAUUUUGGAGCUCGCAAUGACCCCGAUAAUGCGCCACUAGUCAUCUACUUCGCAGGUGGACCAGGUGAGAGCUCAUCCUACUCAGCUCUUGAUAGCGAGGGUGGGCCAUGCUAUGUGAACUUUGAUGGGAGCGGCACAUCUCUCAAUCCAUGGUCCUUCAACAAUCACGCCAACGUGCUGUAUAUCGACCAACCAGUGGGUGCUGGCUUCUCCUACACCAGUCUGGUUAAUGCCACGUAUAACAUCACCUCGAACGAAAUCGUACCUCUGACCGAGUAUAAUGGACGCAUACCAGAAAGCAAUCUUAUACUGGGCCAGGGGACCUACACAGAUCCAACGAUUUUCGCCACCACCAACACAUCUGUUUCCUCUGCGAAAGCAGUGUGGCAUUUUGCCGAACACUGGCUUACUCAAUUUCCAGAAUACAAGUCAAGCAAUAAGAAGAUUGGCUUUUGGGGGAAUUCUGCAGGAGGCUUCUGGGCACCCGCCACUGCCGCCUUAUUUGACAAGCAAAUCAAAGCAUCAGCUCCCGAGUCCCCAAUUAGGUUAUGGAGCGUAGAUCAUGUAGGCAUCACCAAUGGGGUCAUUGAUUGGGAGCAUGACCUUCCAUAUUGGCCCUCCUUCAUUUACAACAACACGUACGAGCCAUUAAUCAGCGAAGAUGUUUAUCUCUCAGCUUCACAGAACUUCACCAAACAUGACGGUUGCCAUGAUCUCAUCCGCCAAUGCCGGGCCUUCGCCCAGGAGGGAGAUCCAGAUGCCAGAGGAACCAAUGAGACAGUGAACUCUCUCUGCCGAAAUGCCACAACCCUAUGUUGGGAAGAAGUAGGUUCCACGAUCCUGGGAGCAGAAAGGUCCGUGUUCGAUAUCGCAGUAAGCACGAGUGCCACUAGUGGCGCUGAUCCAUGUCCUUACUAUCUGCCUGUUUACAACUAUUUGAACCAAAGGUCGAUUCAGGAGGCGCUUGGGGUACCAGUGAACUUUACCUACAUCUCGCAGGCCGUCCUCCAAGCCUACACUCUCGACUUGGGUUCCGGACCCCCGGCAGGUACAGGGGAUGGUUUUCGCACGAACAAGAGUAAUAUCGAAUAUCUCCUGCAAAAUGACAUCAAGGUCGCUCUCAUCAACGGCGACAGGGAUUCUCGAGCCCCCUGGACUGCUGCUGAGGACUAUGCCAUCAAUGCCAACUAUUCCGGUCACGACGGGUUCAGCCAAAGCGGGUACCAAUAUAUCACCACCAAUCAUACUUAUCAGGGCGGAGCUGUGAGACAAUACGGGCACUUUAGCUUCUCUCGAAUCUUCCAGUCCGGCCAUUUCGUGAAUGCAUACCAGCCAGAGACCGUGUAUCGCAUUUUCGAACGUAUCAGGCUCAACAUGGACAUCGCGACGGGUAACCGAGACGUGACCACUGAUUACUCGACUCAUGGGCCAUCCAGCACUUUGGGCAUGUUCAACGGUUCUUUGCCCAAGGCCCCAGGAACGUGCAUGGUACUUGGUGCUUUCCAAGAGGCUUCCCCAUGGACUGAGAUAUAUGCAUUAGCAAGCGGGCAGAGUGCAGCAGACAAUGGAUCCCAAGGACACUCAGGAAAUACCCCUCAGAGUACUAACAACACUUCAUCCAUUUCCGCCAAUGUGCAGCCAGCGGGCAUCCUUGCAUUCGGGAUCUCGAUAUUUGUCGUUAUGGGGGUCACAUAUGGCGGAUGA